AUGGUUAAGCUACGAGAAGCCCCAGGGUGCGGUGACGGAUACAUAGGGGAGCCGGAACUGAGAAUCGUCCUUGUUGGUCGAUGUGGAGCUGGGAUAAGUGCAACAGGGAACUCCAUCCUUGGAGAGGAAGUGUUUGAGUCCGAACUGGGACCAUGUUCAGUAACUAGGAAAUGUGCUACAGGGAGCAGGACCUGGAUGGGGAGGAAGAUUCUAGUUGUCGACACUCCUGGCCUUUUUAGCACCUAUGACCCUUUAGAAGUGACCUUCCAAGAGAUCAGACGUGGUGUUUCCCUCUCCUUCCCUGGGCCCCACGCUAUAGUUCUGGUGAAACAGCUGAGCCGUUUCAUAAGAGAAGAGGAGGAAAUAGUUAAACAAAUAAAAAGUAAUUUUGGAGUGAAGACAACAAGAUACAUGAUCAUCUUACUCACCCGGAAAGAGGAUUUAGGUGGUCGUGCACUGCAUGAAUACAUAGAUACAUGUGACAUAGAGCUUCAGAAGCUGAUCAAAGAGUGUGGGAACCGAUGCUGCGCGUUUAAUAACAGAGCAAGAGGAGCAGAACGAGAUGCCCAGGUGUCUGAGCUGAUUGCAAUAAUUGACAAGAUGGUGCAGGAGAAUGGAGGCUCAUUCUACACCAAGGACACAUACAUGAGCCGCCUCUUUCCUGGAUUUACUGCUAAAAGAUAA